AUGAGGAACCCGUCCUGGCUCGAUCUCUAUCCAAGCUGGGUCUGGCUUCUUGAUGAGUUGUCUCUGAAGCCCGAAGCCCAUUUUCUACAGUCAUCCAUGCGGCAUCCUCUUUCUCUCUCUCUCUGGCUCUGGAUAUGGGAUAUACAGGUAUGACUUGGGGCUUAUUUUCGGGUUUAUCUCCAGACAAGGCCCUGUUCAGGAUAUCUGAGCAGGGUCUGACUUGGGGCCUGUCUUUUCCACGUCCCUACUGCUGCCGCGAAAGGCCUUGUUUUUUUUUUCUUCUAUUUUUCACCUUCGUUUUGUGUUCGUCUACCGUCCAUCAUAGCUUCUAAAAUUUCAGCAAGGAGCACUGCCUGCGAACCAGUUGAUCAAUCACAUUGAAGAUGUCUUGAAGGUUAGUCGAUGGUGGCCAGCAGAGCCCCCCUUUGGAGCUGUAUAA